GAAUUUGGGCAUGUUUCUUUUGUUUUUCUCAUAAUACACAUAUUUCUUCCGUAUGAGGAUAAGUGUAGGACAGCUAUGUAGGUAUUUGGUAUACUGGGUGAUUCGGAAUGGUCUCUGUUCUUCACGUAUCUUUCAUUUGCUUAUUGAUCUAUAACGGUGUAUUGAGAAUAACAGGACUUGGCUCAUGUUCACAAACAGACUUGCACGUGACCAACAUGUGUUCAGCAGACAGUUAUAUUUCGAACUUCAUCUAUCUGGAUGUUCACAAUGCUAGUCUCUACUACCUCCAGUCCUGUGUUUGCACUGUGCACGUGCGCUUUCCAGGGACAAUAUAUUUUGUGCCAUUAAGAACACCACAUUCUGACUGCGGAUCUGUAAUUCGAGUGAACAGUUACGAUGGCAACCAAAUCCAUUCCUUUCAGUGUGGUGGUUCGGCGACAUUUACCGUGAAACCUGAUGACAAAAUCAACAUAACUGUCCACAACCUAGGGGGAGCUGUUUACGAUACGUCAUACUGUUACGUCGUAUCAUUAGCAUCAGAUAGCGGAAUUGGCACAACGGCCUUCCAGAUCUCCUGUCCAUAUAUCGAGAGAAAGACUACAACAUCUACCACCACAACUACGUCAUCAACCACUUCCCCAAUUACGUCAUCAGUUUCGACGCGGGAAAUAUCGACUUUGACAAGUACAUCAACUACGUCAUCAGCUUCAACGCGGGAAGUAUCGACAUUGACAAGUGCAUUACCUACAUCAACAGAUUCUGACGGAAUUUCCAGAUAUACUGGCGAUAGUAAUGAUGCUAAAUCAGAUGAUGUCAUUAUCCCAUUGGCCAUUGCUGUUCCAGUGGUACUCGUUGGUCUCAUAGCGAUCCUUAUUUUGCUGUGGAGAAGACGCGUUUUCCAUAGCUUCCUUAGCAAAUCGAUGAAAGAUCCAUGUUCAAAUGAAGAUAUCGUGAUAGAUGAGGGGGAUGGAUUAAAAGAGAGAAGUACAGAAGAUUUGCAUAAAGAUGAGAAAUCUAGAACAGCUGCAGUCAAUGUGAAAGUAACCAGCGCCACGCCCAUAGCAUCACGUGUCAAUCUCCGCAAAUCAUCCAGUAACAAAAACAUUAUGAUAUUGGCACCUGACCCGAAAGCGAAAGAGAAAGAAAACGAAAGUGAUGAAUCUACUGACGUAACAACGCGAAACAAAAGUAAAAAUACACUUGACUGGAGAAAAUCUGAAGCCGAUGAGAGUUACUUCACAGAAAUACAUUUAGGAGGCGGAUCCAAAACAAUAAUUACUGUAGAAAACCUUCCCAGAAUGCAAGACGACGUGCAGAUUAGAUACGAUGAUAUACGGACAGAGCUCUAAAUAAAAAAAAAAUAGUUUUGAAAAUUAGAUUUUAUCUUUGAAUUUUUUUUCUAGUUUUGUAUAUAGAUCUUUGAAUAAUAUUUCCUUACAUCAUUUAUGCAAGUGUUCAACGGCACAAAUUUGUCGUAAGGAAAAGUAAGUAUAGUAUGGAGAAAAAAACACACCGCAUAUAUACAGAUAAAAUAUUAAGCACUUGUUUUCCCUGAGAUCGAAAUUAUUUUAUUCCCAUGCAAUAUGCUAGUUAUGUAAAUUAAUAUCAUGAUACAUAUACAUGAAUGACUUAUUGUUGUUAUUGUUUUUGUCGUUGUUAAUCAUUCCUGGAGAAUGAACAAUAUAUUAUGAUUAAUCUAAAUAUUAUAAACAUCGUUAUUGUAUUAUUGUACAUGCAUGAUAUCAUACUUUUCUUAUCUUUAAUAAUUUGUUUGUUAUACUAUACUGUUUUAAUAAAAUUCUAU